AUGAGUGUCGCUCCAUUGAAACUACCAGCUGAAAAUGGAAAAAGAAGAGAUAGUACUAGCUCGAUCGGUGCUUCAACCUAUACAGGUCAAGAAAAUCCAAGAUCUGAAGAAAAGUUUCUGACCGUACUCUCGCAAGUUGAGCAACCGUCUCGUGAGCUGACAAUAGUUACCAUGUCGCACGCUGAAUCGAUGGGUCUGAUUUUCCCGAACUGGGUUCGUAUUUGCUAUCGUCGUGGUCCAAUGGAAUAUCAACCAUAUGAUAUGAACAUGCCACCUAAACUAAUCCCACGCCAGCCACUCCACUACAAAUUUGAUUCUCCACUUACCGAACGUGGACAAAUUGUAGCUGAAACCUACGGUCGUGGAUUGACCUCAAUUGGAGUUCGUCCAUAUGAAAUUUUCUGUUCACCAGAUAUGAAAUCAGUGCAAACAGCGGCUGCGUUGGUGAAAGGACUCGGGUUGUCGUUUUCAGCAAUAAACAUUGAACCAGCACUUAUGGGUUAUCGUCAAAUGUUGCCUCCCAAUUAUCAUGAAAUGAUACUCUCUCCCAAGACGUAUUUUGGAAUGGGAUAUCCAAUCAACAAUCAGUACGAACCAAUUCAAGGUUUCUUUCCUUCUGAAAACAUUGAAGACUACAAUCUGCGUAUUCGUUCUUUCUACAAAGAAAAAAUCGCAAAAAUUGAGCAGAAAUAUGUGGUUGUGGUUGCUGAUAACGUGGUUGUUGAUAUGACUCAAAAUAUUCGUUUUGAAACGGUCGACGAUAUUCUGAGAAGCACGAAGAAGCCAACGUGUCAGAUGAGCUUCAUCUCACUCAAACAGGGCGAUGCUCACAUUCUCGAUUCGCCGGUUUUGCCACUUACCAAAAGUUUAUACGUGGUUAAACCAUUCUACUGGUCCGAAGUGCCUCUGAAACUGGCAGUACCCAAUCAUCCGGAACUCAAUCAGAACUGA